AUGAAAGAGACUCAGCCCAUAGCUCUCUUUCUCCAUGGUUGGGGAUCAAGACCUCAGGUUUUCGAAGUGCAGCUCAGGACACUAGUCAAGCCGCUUCGAGAUCUUGGGUACAAGGUUGUGUUCGCUCAAGCACCAUGCUCGCUUUGGAUGGGAAAGCUGGACGUCGUUCGAACAUUUGGAGGGCCAUACUUCGGCUGGUACCAGAAAGAGACAAAGGAAACGAUUCAACGUGCCAUUGCUUUCGUCCAUGGCCAGCAAGACCUGACCGAAGUGAGCGCCAUCGUAGGUUUCUCACAAGGUGCCACACUGGGCCUUAUCAUAGCUUCACUAUUGGAACAUGACGAGCUCAAAGGUUGGCUGCCCGGAGUCGUGGCUGGAUCUCCGGAGUGGCAGCCUGUGGAUCCCGUCGCUGUCGACUCGCUCAGUUGGACGCCAGAUGGUGAGUACAAAGUGGACUUGUCGGCUCGACCUGAGCUCGGCGCAAUGCAAAGGAGCUGGACAGCGUCGACUGUGUCAUCUUCUGCCGUAACCACUGGCAGCUCUAGUAUGGCUGAUGGGUUCAGCUGGAGUGCUGGUGACUCCACCGCCGACAGUCUGAGUACUAGCCCUAGCUCGUCAGAGGCCGCUCUCCCCCUGAGGCGCUCAAAUAAGCACAAGUUACGCUUCGUUGUUGCUCUUUGCCCCAUCAGUACGGCCUGGAGUCCCAGCAACACUGACUUGGCGAGCUGUCGAUUCGAGGAUAGGAAGAAAGAGUGGCUACCAACCGUUCCAGCCUUCUUCAGCGUUGGCGAAAUGGAUCGAUACAAGUCACAUUCAAUUAAGAUGGCGGACAGAGUUCGGGGAGAUUCUCCAAAGCAUCGCGUUGCAACGUACGCGUUCGGCCACGAGGUGCCUCGAUCGGUGGAAGCAACAGGCAGCCUUGUCCAAUUCGUCAAGACAUACAGCCCGGCACCGGCGAUCUUGAAGAGAACAGCGACGUUUCCCGGACUGACAGCACAUUACGAGUAG